GGCAGCAUCAGGCAGUGCCAUCGAUCCUGAUUUACCUGGCGUGAACCAGAGAUCUUCGUGUUUUCUGUAAUAAUUGUCUUCUUCUUCUUCUUCUUUAAAAUAAUCGCCAUGGCGGGCGUGUGGCGGCGCCUCACGGGGAAAUUUUUGCGGAGGUCUUUUCAGUGCGCACCUGCCGCACCAAGACUGUCCUUGUUGCUGCCGCCAACUGUUGAAGCGGCCAGUUUGGGACGCAGAUGUGUUUGGUCCUGCCAUGGUGGAAAGCAUGGUUGGUCAGCAGCUACCGGUCCGGUCACAGGGUGCGGUCCAGGUGAAGGUCGGCGCAGCUUGUCCACAGGCAAUCUGAGGUCCCUCCUCCUGUCCAGUGACGAAGGUGGGAAACCCAAGCGAAAAGUAGCUCCUUUACGGAAUCGCAGAUUCAUUGACAGGUUGUUUGUGAGGGUGAAGGGAGGCGAUGGAGGGAGUGGAUGCACAAGUUUUCAAAGAAGCCGCCAGUCUCGGCAUGGUGUGGCAGAUGGUGGCAACGGUGGGAGGGGUGGUGACGUUUGGGUGGAGGCGACUGCUAGUCUGUGGGACUUGGCCAGCAUUAAGCAACAUGUGAAUGGUGGCCGUGGUGGGAACGGUACGUCCAAGAAAAAAGUUGGCCAACGCGGAGAGGAUCAGGUUAUGAGAGUUCCAGUCGGGACUGUAGUUCGUCUGAUCAGGGGUGAGGAGGGAUUUGGAGAAGGAGAAGAUGAGAGUCGGCAAGCUUCAGACUCUCUCACUGCAAUAACCGAGGAGAGGUGGGAGAGCAAACGUAGUAGCCUUCUUCUUGACGAGGUGGGGGAGACUGAUGACAUGACAGGCGAACAUCAUCUUAUUGCACUGGAAUCGACCGAUGAAAGGUCACGCAAUUUGCUGCUGGCGGGUGAACAUCAUCGCAGGAAAGGAGCUCAUGGAGGUCACGAUGGGCAGCGACAAUUUGAUCACUGCAACAAAGUGCAUUCUGUGGAGUCUCCGCAUCACAUCUGCAGCACAAAUGAAGGGACACCUGUUGGCCAUGAAGGCAGCUUUGAAAGGUCAGAACCUGGUCAAGAAUGGCAACGAUAUGCAGAAGGAGAAGAGGAGACAGAUGAUGAGCAUCCUUGGGAUGGCAGGCAUAGUGAAGCAGCUUAUGGUGAUGGACUGACAACUGAUGGGCACGAAGGCAAAUCCGAAGUCAGUAGAAGGGAUGGAGAGGGGAAACCGAGGCAUCUGGAAGAGUGUGACAUGUCAGAGGAGUUAGCUGCUGCAUCAGUGGAGGCAGAAGACUCUGGGGAAGUUGCCAGCCAUACGCAAACACUGCGAAACAGAAAGAAGAUGGGAGUUGUACUUGGAGACUUAACCUGUCCAGGGCAAAGGAUUGCUGUCUGCAGGGGAGGAGAAGGAGGGCGUGGGAACGCUGCCAUGGCCAGAGGACGAGGUCGACGUAGUCAGGCUGACAGUGAGGAGUUCGAGAAAGGCCGCAAAGGAAGCUCUGCAGAGUUGAUUCUGGAACUGAAGACCAUUGCAGACGUCGGCCUAGUGGGACUUCCCAAUGCCGGGAAGAGCACACUGGUUGGUGCCCUGACUCUCGCGAAACCGCGAAUUGGAUCGUAUGCAUUUACGACGUUGAGGCCACACAUCGGUUGUGUUGAGUUCAACGAUUUCUUCUCAUUUACUAUUGCAGACUUGCCAGGGUUAAUUGAAGGCGCCCACGAAAAUCGCGGUCUAGGAUUCGAGUUUCUCAGGCAUGUGGAGCGGACCCGACUGCUUGCGUACGUCGUUGACCUGAGCUCAGGCAUUGGUGACAACAAAGGGCCCCGGCCAUGGGAUCAGCUCAACUGUCUCAUGGAGGAGCUGGAGUUGUUUCAGACGGGACUUUCGAAACGUCCAUCUCUUGUGGUUGGCAGCAAGAUAGAUGAGCCUGGAGCGGAAGAGGCCCUCUGUGAGCUUCGGCGUAGGGCAUCGCUGACAGUUCUCCCAGUAUGCGCUGUUUUAGGUGAAGGAAUUGAAGAGCUCCGUGAAGAAUUGCGCGGCCUGGUGCUUAGCGACAUAUCCACAAGCCAAGAAACAAAGCAGCAGCAGCAGAUUCACACUAGUGCAUGCUAGCAAACCUCUUGUCUCCUUACUCUUAUCAAGCAAGCAGAUCAUGGCUUGAGGUACAUCAUCAUCGUGCUUCCGACGGGUCUUCAUGGCUUGAGGUACAUCUUCGUCCUCCCAAAGGGGCGGCGUUCCUGUAACCAACUGAUUGCCCAAGGAAUAGUUGGUUCGUAUAGGCUUGAGGUACAUCUUCGUGCUCCCAAAGGGCGUUCGUAUAACGAACUGAUCUGAUUGGCUAAGGAAUAGUCAGUUCGUAUAAGGAAUUUAUUGCCAGAGGAAUAUAGUCGGUUCCUUAGUCAGGCCUUCAACGCUGGUGCCUAUAGGGAAGUCGAAUAACAACGCGACUUUCUUCAUUCCAAUCGGAAUACAGAGAUUGGAGUUCAGCACGUUGAAGGUUGGUCACCAGAAAACUGGUUUCUUUCGGCUGGCCAGAGAGAGUCGUGACCAACGCCCAGAGAAUAUGUCGACGAGGGAGCAGCACUUCGUGUGUCCUCUUACGCACGGUGCACCCAUAACUGGCAAAACAGAAAAGUGGAUGAUGUGUGCAAGUGUAGCCAGCGGGAGGCUCUAGACGGCACAACUGUGUAGAAAUCGUGACAGAUGAGUGCAGUGAUUGGAUAACUGGAUCGGUGCGUAGAGGGUCCGGAUCAGACAGAUAUUGAUGUACAGUAUCCAAGGGCCUGUAUGACCUGGGAGAAGGAUGGAUGAACAGAUGGAUGGGAAUGAAUGGAAGUAGGUGUGAUUUGAGGAAAAUUCCGAGUGAGUCCUGGAUUCGUAGUAUUAGUACAGCAUUGCAGUUUCUGGUGGGGUGUCCUAAACAUUCUUCGAGUAUCAUUGCGCACACUGGUUCUCAACUUUCUUUGAGUUGUUGUCAUCCACAUAUUACCAUGCAAACACGGCAAAUAAAAGGGCCUUUACCCG